AUGUCGGAUACUGCAAUUAAAAGGGCGGGUCUCUUGAACAGUAUCGACUCUCAUGUGGAAGGUUCUCAGGAAAACAACAUCAGUAGUGAUAAUUCAAAUCAGAAACAGCCUGACCGUUCGUCACCUGUCGUAUCGGCAUCGCCCUCGUCCCAUUCAUCAGUCGGAGGCGCUACCCAACAUUCUGGCGAAGACUCGGCGCCUGCAACAGGUUCCACAAACGUAGAUCCACCAUCCUGGAAAUCUUUAAAUACAAGAGUAUUUGACGUUUACAUUAACGAUGGGUCUCAGAAGCAGAAACAUUUGCCUGAUAUAUUGGAUUACAAACCUCCACCAACGGAAACGGAGUCCUAUUCCGAUAGAUCCCACCUUCUAAUCAAUACUGGUCAAGGAAGGAAAGUGUCUCUCCCUGCGACCAACAGUAUGGUUCAUAAAAAGACACCACAGUCUUUGACAGCCAACAGAGCGCAGAGUUUAUCUCUUGCAUUAGAACAGCGAAUCUCAGAGAAACAGAUUAGUCCAUUAGUUUCCAAUCCACAUCAUUUAUCCGAUAUUAGCAUCAACGCAAAUGGUUCUACUAUGCCCUCAGCUCCAUCGAGUGGGCCAGCACAACCACAACAACCACAACAACAACACUUGUUACAUACUCGCCAUUCUCAAUCAUCGCAAGAUUUACCAACCCCAAUGUCUGCGAUGUCUUUCAAUUCUAGCACCAUAAGUGUUCCGGAGAACUUAAACAACAAUGACAAAUGGGCUCCUAAUGUGGAGACAGCGUUUAUCAACGCACUGCAAUUAGUUAUGAAGAAUGGUACUGCCAAGAUAAAAUUAAAGGAUAACAAUUACGGUAGAAACGAACUAAUCUCGAUAUACAUCAAGAAUAAAACCGGUGAGGAAAGAUCCAAAAAACAAAUCUCUUCUCAUAUUCAAGUUUGGAAGAAAUCUAUUGCGAACAAGAUUCACAAUGAUAUCCAGACCACAAAGUUUGAGACACAACUACUACAUCUCAUCGAAAACGGUGCUGAGCAAACUGCAGAGAACUGGGAAUUGUUUGAAAACACUUUCAAUGAAAUUCUGGAACAGGAACAAAACAGCAUUGAAUAUUCCAGACAUCAUCAAAAUAUGAUGCCAACUCAGCUCGGAUAUAUGGGCCAAAAUGGGUACAUGCUACCGCAACAAAAUCUCCAGCAACAACAGCAACAACAGCAACAACACUACCAUCAGCAACAAGCAUAUUCUACCAUGCCAAUACCACACACAGUUUUCGUGCCACAGGGUGCUAGCGUUCCUAUAUUACCAUACCAUAUCCCAAUGAAGAAAGAGCCUGCUACACCAAUUGAGUUUGCACAGGAAUUGUAUGGUAGUCUGAAGUCAUUCAAAUGUGUUCCUGUAAAUCCUUAUGAACCUUACAAACCUUACCAGUACACAUCACAACUUCAACAAGGUGCCAUUCAAACGCCACUAUCUUCGGGAGUAAAUUCUCAUCAACCACAGACUCGACCAGGUGUACCACAGGUGUACAGCAAUGGUACUGCUGCAGGAACUGCAACCAUGAACACUGCGGUCACCUCCGCUUCCCAAAUUCCAAUCAUACAAACCCAACCGCCGCUUUCAGUCUCAUCACCUUCAAUCCAAUCUCUAUACCAAGUGGCAAAAGAGGUAGAAAAUCAACAGAAGAAGCUGAUCGAUGAGAGGUACCAGAGACAGAAUCUUCAGCAAUCACAUCACUUACCUCAUUUUAGUAUCAAUCAAUCCCCAAACCAAAGCCACCAGUAUCAACCCAAGGAUCUGCCAAGAAGACACCCAAUUUUACCACCAGCUUCACAACUAAACGCAACUCCAUCUCCUGUAAUCAGUAAUAUCAAUCCCGCCAGAUCGUAA